AUGAAUAUCCUCUGGAUGAUGUUCAUGAUAUUUUGUUCCGCCAACCAUGGCGCAGAGGCCGUCGAAAUAAUGUUAGAUGGAACGGUACAAUGCUCACUAAAUAAACCAUUCUGCUUUCUCGGUCUUUACAUUGAAAACAAUGAAAAGCCAAACAAUACCCAGCUCCUGAACAUUCCGUUCCGAUGUUUGAAUGAGUCAAGCCGCCACCUUGGUCAAGUCAGUCUCCCAGGCGAUUUCAAGAUUGAAUCAAACUCUUAUUACGAUGUUCGUUUUCAAUUGUUUCACAAUUGCACUCACAACGGGGAAACAGUGCUUUUCGAAAAGUGCUGGGAAAUCCCUGUUGAUCGCACGUACUUCAUGGACGAGUACAGUCAAGAAAUCGCAAACAAUGGCACUACAAAGUUUGGAAGUUGGCAGGAUAUGAUUAAAACUUUGGGCAAAUAUACCUAUCCUUCUGGAAAACUGAUACAAUGGUUCAGCAGACCUUCAAUCCCAAUACAGUGGAACCAAACUGAAGAUAAGUACGUACCCACACGCAGUUUCAAAUAUCUUGUGAUUGGACCUCAUUUGGUUGCUUACGAAGACAGUGAUGCAAAAAAAUACAACGGCAUGUCUAACACCCAGAAAUUGGAGCGGAUUGAAGCAGAAAGAUCGAAGCUGCUGGAACAUUUAGAAUACAAAAAGAUAUUGAAAUCAAUUGAUGAGAAAAUUCAAAUGAUGAGAGAUGGUAUUCAGGAAAUGGAAAUGGAAAUUAAAAAGAAACAGGAUGAACUCAAAAUCAUGAAAAACGCCCUUGAGAAAAAACUCUCGCAGCAAAUGAUUAUGCUGGAACACGUAAGGGUGGAAAAUCAAAUGCUUCGCAAGAUUGAUGAACAGGUUGAAAGCGGCAACCCAGACGAUAAUUCAAAUUUGAAGGAAGAAGAAUCGAAGCCAGCAGUGUAA